AGUGUGAAGGAAAGAUUGAAUCCAAAACCAAUCCCGAUAAUCUCACCCCAGAAGAAAUCAAAAGAUAUCAACAGAUCCGAGUUCCAUCAUUUGGAGGCGAGUUAUGGAUAUCAACGAUCAAGGGCCUGAAGAGAAAGUGAUGGUUCAAGAAAAAGGAUUCUAUAUCUCAGUCGCCAGUGAAAUAAUGGCGGUCUUGGCUCUAAGCCUCCAACCAACAUGAGGGAGAGAUUCGGAAAGAUGGUGAUUGGAAACAACAAGGCGGGUGAGACAGUAACUGCAGAUGAUCUCGGAAUUGGUGACUCUUUGACUGUGUUUAAGGAAGAUGCUAUUAACCCUAAAUUGCAGACGCUCAAGGGUACUCCCAUUCUUGUUCUUGCCGGCCCAUUUGCCAAAAUUGCACCUUGAAAUUCUUUUUCUUGGCUGAUAAGAUUGUGCUGAAAAUGGUUGGACUUGGCGGGUUUGUUGUAACUGAGGCUGAUUUUGGUGGAGAUAUUGGAUCAGGGAGAAGUUUAUGUGUGAAUUAACUUUUCAUUAUAUGGUUAUUGUUGCUACAAUAAGGACCAAAAGAUGCAUGGACUUGCAGAAGCACGAAAAUUCAAAAUUGCACUUAUCUGUUUUGACAAAAUCCACCUCAGUAGCAGCUAAUAUGAGAGGUUAACAAAUAGGGUCAGCAAGUUUUGUUCAUUCUUUCCCAUAUAGUUAGUUUACUUUUGAUGAAGGUUGGACAUACACAAUUCCUUCAAUAGAGAUUUCAUUUACCUUAAUCCUUUUCUUAAGAGAACUUCUGAAAUAAACUUGCUAGAAAUGCUAUAUCUCAUUUCUGUGAUAUUAUUCUGUUCUUGGGAUGUUUUGAUAAUUACCAGUUUUCUAUAUUUUGUAUUUCCAUUAACUGCAACCCUUUUCUUGGAUGGUUAUGAGGCAGCUGCUGAAUGACUUGAACUUUAUGAGGCUGCUUUCAUCUGGAUCUUCAUAAAAUUGCUACUUAUUACAGCUUCAGCUCUUGUUUGAACUACCAACUGUUUCUCAUGACCAUUGGUAUAAGAAGCCGGAGAGGACAUAUCAAGAAACUCGUGGCAGAAAAAAAGAGAAGACGCGUAAUGAAUCCGAUCCAAAAGCUUAUAAAAGACCAAUCAAGAGAAGAAUAGAAGGGGAAGAGAGGCAGACGAUUCAAAAAUCUAUCCUUCGGUUCCGGUAGCCAAGUUUUUCAGACAACGUACCUACGAUUUUGCUGAAUCUUUCAAGAAUGAAUAUCCUAAAGAAAAAUGUAGAGAAGACAUCCAAGAGAAGGAAGAGGCCUGCAAGUCAGUAUCAAGAAACAAACCUAAUGAAGCAUGCUAAAGAAGCAUAUGACUGGUCUGAAGAAGAACUAGAUUCACUUUGGAUUGGAAUUCGUAGGUACGGACAAAGUGGCUGGGAAGCUAUGCUCAAUGACUCCAUGUUGAAGUUUUCCAAUUUCAGGACACCGACAUCCCUAUCUGAAAGGUGGAUUUUGGAACAACAGAAAUUUCAGUGGGACUUUUUUCAGGUUUCUCAGUUGGCGGUUCAAACAAGAUCUGAAGCUGCAAUAAAUAAUGAUUUUACUAAGAUCCAAAUGAAAGUAGCUACAUCAAGCUCAAGGUCUAAAAGAAAGGUUGCAGUUAUUGGACAUGCAAGAUACAGAAAGCUAGUAAUUAAGGAAACAACAGAAGAUCAGGACAAUAUAACAGACAUGGAAAAUAGUAAUGAUUCUAGCGAUUCUGAACUUUCUUUUAAAGGAUGGAUUAAAGGAAAUGAAGUCUCUUCUGAAGAAAUUGUGUCUGGCUGACCAUCAAAAACUCAAACUAUUGCCAAAGAAUGAUCAAAACAUUCCGGUCCUAUUGCUCAUGUUUUACAAAAACUUUAAACCUAAUUUAUUGUCAACUCUACAAUGAAAGUGUAAAGUACUUCAAGAGAUUUUUUUUCUGUGUUAAUAUUUUUGCGUAAUCUAUUUAUUAAGUGAAUUGUUUUGGAUUAAAAAAUUCAAAAUAUGUUGUUUGUGAUAGAAAAAAUA